AUGGCCCCCGUGUCAAUAUCAAAGGAGACCGACUACCUGGUCAUCGGAGGCGGUAGCGGUGGCCUCGCCUCUGCGCGCAUGGCCAGCUCCAAGUUCGGCACCAAGGCCAUGAUCGUCGAAGGCGCGCGCCUCGGCGGUACCUGUGUCAACGUUGGCUGCGUCCCCAAGAAGAUCACAUUCAACGCCGCCGCGAUAGCCGAGACCCUGCACGACGCCAAGCCCUACGGCUUCUCGGUCCAGGAGACCGCCCCCUUCGACUGGGCGACCUUCAAGCAGAAGCGCGACGCCUACGUCAAGCGCCUGAACGGCAUCUACGAGCGCAACCUGGAGAAGGACCAGGUCGAGUACGUCCACGGCUGGGCGAGGCUGCUGAGCAGGCACGAGGUCGAGGUCACCCUCGACGACGGCUCCAAGCAGGUCGUCCGGGCCAAGAAGAUCCUCGUCGCCGUCGGCGGCAACCCCACCGUCCCGCCCCAGAUCCCCGGCGCCGAGCUGGGCACCAACAGCGACGGCUUCUUCGACAUCGCCACGCUGCCCAAGAAGGUCGCUCUCGUCGGCGCCGGCUACAUCGCCGUCGAGUUCGCGGGCAUGUUCAACGCGCUGGGCGUCGAGACGCACCUGUUCAUCCGCCACGACACCUUCCUGCGGCACUUCGACCCCAUGGUCCAGGAGACGGUGACGGCCGAGUACGAGCGCCUGGGCGUGCACCUGCACAAGCAGUCCUCGCCAUCCAGGGUCGAGAAGGACGACGGUAGCGGCAGGCUCCGGAUGCACUACAAGGACAAGGACGGCGAGGCCGUCCUCUCCGACAUCGACCACCUGAUCUGGGCCAUCGGCCGCACGCCCGCGACCAAGGACAUCGGCCUCGAGGCCGCAGGCGUCGAGCUCGACGACAAGGGCUACAUCAAGGUCGACAAGUACCAGAACACGGCCGUCGACAACAUCUUCGCGCUGGGCGACGUCACGGGCCAGGUCGAGCUGACGCCCGUCGCCAUCGCCGCCGGCCGCCGGCUGGCGCACCGCCUGUUCGGCGGGCCCGAGUUCUCGGCGCUGCACCUCGACUACGCCAACAUCCCCUCGGUCGUCUUCGCCCACCCGGAGGUCGGCUCCAUCGGCCUGACCGAGCCCCAGGCCGUCGAGAAAUACGGCAGGGACCAGGUGAAGGUGUACAGCACGAGCUUCACGGCCAUGUACUACGCCAUGAUGGAGGCGGACCACAAGGGCCCCACCAAGUACAAGCUGGUCUGCGUCGGCCCCGAGGAGAAGGUCGUCGGCCUGCACAUCCUCGGCCUCGGCAGCGGCGAGAUGCUGCAAGGGUUUGGCGUCGCCGUCAAGAUGGGGGCCACCAAGAAGGACUUCGACAACGUGGUGGCCAUCCACCCCACCAGCGCCGAGGAGCUGGUCACGCUGAAAUAG